AUGCCUCACCCAGUGUUCGCCGCAUCAAACAUCGCCGUCAUCACCGGCGCCGCGUCCGGUAUUGGACUGGCGAUUGCGCGCCUGUGUGCGGCGCAUAACCUCAAGAUGGUGCUGACGGACGUCAAUGGCCCGCUGCUGCAGGAGGCGGCGGGGACCCUUGAGGCGCCGAAGGAGAAUGUAGAGACUGUCACGAUGGAUGUGGGCGAUCGGGGCGCGUGGGCGAGUGUCAAGGAGAAGGUCAACCAGAAGUUUGGAGGAAAGGUGGACUUUUUGGUGCUGAAUGCGGGGGUGGGGCCGAAGACGGACUGGGAGGAUGUGGAAAGUUUUAAGAAGCUGUAUAACACCAAUAUCUUCGGUGUCUUGAACGGAAUUGCGGAGUUCCUCCCAACACUCAAGAAGAACUCGACCCCGAGCUCAAUCGUCAUCCUCGGCAGCAAGCAAGGAAUCACCAACCCCCCCUCCAACCCAGGCUACAACUCGUCCAAGUCGGCCGUCAAGACACUCACCGAGCACCUCUCCUUCGACCUCAAGGAGACUCCCAUCUCCGUGCACCUCCUCGUCCCCGGCUGGACGUUCACCGGCAUGACCGGCGCCGGCAAGGCCGACAAGCCUGCAGGCGCCUGGACAGCCGACCAGGUCGCUGAGCGCCUGGCGAUAAAGAUGGAGAAGGGCGAGUUCUAUGUGGUCUGCCCGGAUAAUGACGUCACGGAGGAGAUGGACAGGAAGAGGAUUGCGUGGGCGGUGGGGGAUGUCAUUGAGGGGAGGCCGGCGCUGAGUAGGUGGAGGGGAGGCGAGUGGGGGGAGAAGCAUAAGGCCUUCAUGGAGGGGAAUUAG